UAAUGGAACAAGAUUGAUUCAGGUGAAGCCAACCAAUUGAUCAACAUGGCCCCCAAGAUCAUGCUUUUGACGGUCAUGGUGACCAUGGUCAUCGCGGUUCGUUCUUUGGACACCAACAGCGUCUUCAAUCCAUGUUCAGAUGCGAAAGUUAAGAGACGAGAUGGAUUUACAUUUGGAUUCGCAUUUUCUUCCAAACAAUCCUUCUUCAAAAACCAAAUCCAGCUUUCACCCUGUGAUCGUCGUCUCUCCCUUGGUGGAACCGACGCUCAACUUGCCAUUUUCCGGCCAAAAGUCGACGAGCUCACUUAUCUCACCAUUAAUGGCACCCACUUUGAUCCGGCGAAAGCGGGUGGAUAUAUGGUGGCAUUUGCGGGAAGACAAUAUGCAGCGAGAUCCAUACCGACUUUUGUCGCUGAUAAAUCCAAUAUCAUCACAAGUUUCACUCUGGUUCUUGAAUUUGAAGAAGGCACCCUUGUGAACUUACAUUGGAAGAAAUUCGGGUGUAAAUCAUGUGCAGAGAGAUCCGCCGUUUGCCUCAACAAUCAAGACUGUGCUACACCAAUCUCGAAAUGCAAGGCUAAUGGUGGAUCAGUUGAUUGUAAAAUUAGCGUGCAAUUAGCAUUCUCGGGUACAGAUAAGGCCUUGGAUGUUCUUAACUCGUGGUACGAGGUUGAACAAUUUCGACAAUAUUCGCUAAUUGGGUUGUACCAAGACAUCAAUGACAUGGUUAUGGGUCCAUAA